CCUAAUUUAAAUAUUAAGUCAUUAAUGAUACAACUCUGUGUAGUUAAUGAAAGAACAAACGCGUGCGACGGCGUAUGGUGAGGAAAAAGCUGCGUUUUUGGCAAAUAUUUCAUAAAUUAUUUAAUUAAUUUUGCGUACAUAAGAAAUUGUUUAAAUAUUUGAUUUCAUAUAAAAUGUCUAAAAGACGAAUUGAUGUUGGCGAUUCAUUAGCUAAAAAAAAGAAGAACGAGUUAGCAUCCACGUCAACUGCCACAGUUUCAGUUGGAAGUGGCGCUUUGGCCAGUAGCAGACAACCGAGCACAAUGAAUCCAUACAGUAUGAAGCCUUAUUCGGCGAAAUAUUUUCAAUUACAUAAAAAACGCAUAACUUUGCCAGUGUUCGAAUAUCAAUCAGAUUUCAUGCGUCUGCUAAAUGAGCAUCAGUGCAUUGUGCUCGUAGGUGAGACUGGGUCUGGCAAAACCACACAAAUACCGCAAUGGUGUGUUGAAUAUGCAUUUUCGAAGGGUAAAAAGGGUGUUUCUUGCACACAACCACGUCGUGUAGCUGCUAUGUCUGUAGCACAACGUGUUUCAGAAGAAAUGGACGUAAAUCUAGGUGAAGAAGUUGGCUAUUCUAUACGUUUUGAGGACUGUUCCUCUGCAAAAACUGUGCUGAAAUACAUGACAGAUGGUAUGUUGCUACGUGAAGCUAUGUCUGAUCCUAUGCUUGAACAGUAUCAAGUUAUAUUGCUUGAUGAGGCGCAUGAACGUACACUAGCCACAGAUAUACUUAUGGGUGUUUUAAAAGAAGUUAUACGCCAACGCAAUGACUUGAAAUUGGUAGUGAUGUCUGCUACCUUGGAUGCAGGCAAAUUUCAACAAUAUUUUGAUAAUGCACCACUAAUGAAUGUACCUGGUCGUACGCAUCCAGUAGAAAUAUUCUACACUCCAGAGCCUGAAAGAGAUUAUUUGGAAGCAGCGAUUCGUACGGUUAUACAAAUACACAUGUGUGAAGAUGUUGAAGGUGAUGUACUCAUGUUCCUCACUGGUCAGGAAGAAAUUGAAGAAGCUUGUAAACGAAUAAAACGUGAAACUGAUAAUCUUGGCUCUGAUAUUGGUGAACUUAAAUGCAUUCCACUUUAUUCAACCUUACCACCGAACUUACAGCAACGUAUUUUCGAGCCACCACCGCCACGCAACGCUAAUGGCGCAAUCGGUCGGAAAGUUGUAGUAUCAACCAAUAUUGCGGAAACUUCAUUGACUAUUGAUGGUGUGGUAUUUGUAAUUGAUCCAGGAUUUGCUAAACAGAAAGUUUACAAUCCACGUAUACGUGUAGAAAGUUUGCUUGUUUCGCCAAUUUCGAAAGCAUCCGCACAACAGCGUGCAGGUCGUGCUGGACGUACCCGCCCCGGUAAAUGUUUCCGUCUCUAUACUGAAAAAGCGUAUAAAAAUGAGAUGCAAGAAAAUACGUAUCCAGAAAUUUUACGUUCGAACUUAGGCACCGUUGUUUUACAAUUGAAAAAACUGGGUAUAGACGAUUUGGUACAUUUUGAUUUUAUGGAUCCGCCAGCACCAGAAACUCUUAUGCGUGCUUUAGAACUAUUAAAUUAUUUGGCUGCUCUCGAUGAUGAUGGCAAUCUUACAGAUUUAGGUGCAGUUAUGUCAGAAUUCCCCCUCGAUCCACAAUUAGCUAAAAUGUUGAUUGCUAGUUGCCAACAUAACUGUUCAAAUGAGAUAUUAUCCAUCACUGCAAUGCUGUCGGUUCCGCAGUGUUUCGUGCGUCCGAAUGAAGCUAAAAAGGCUGCUGAUGAAGCUAAAAUGCGCUUUGCACACAUUGAUGGCGAUCAUUUGACACUUCUUAAUGUAUACCAUGCCUUCAAACAAAGUAAUGAAGAGCCAAAUUGGUGCUAUGAAAAUUUCAUAAAUUUCCGUUCAUUAAAAUCUGCUGAUAAUGUCCGCCAUCAAUUGGCACGUAUUAUGGAUCGGUUUAGUCUAAAACGUAGCAGCACUGAUUUCACAUCAAAAGAUUACUAUGUGAAUAUAAGAAAGGCUUUGGUACAAGGUUUCUUUAUGCAAGUGGCACAUCUUGAACGUACUGGUCAUUAUUUGACCAUAAAGGAUAAUCAAAAUGUACAGUUACAUCCUUCAACAUGUUUAGAUCAUAAACCAGAUUGGGUCAUCUACAAUGAAUUUGUACUAACAACUAAAAAUUACAUACGCACCGUUACAGAUGUUAAACCUGAAUGGUUAUUGACUUUGUCUCCGCAAUACUAUGAUCUAAACAAUUUCCCACAAUGCGAAGCAAAACGUCAACUGGAAUUAUUGCAGCAGCGGUUGGAAUCUAAACAGUUCCAAAAAGGAUUUUAACUUGUUAAGAUUAGUUUAAGGUUUUCCAAAUUUUACACUUAGUUCUCUUCUACAAGAAAUUUUUUAUUGAUUUAUUAAUACGAUUAUUAACAUACUAUAUACAAGUGCAGUUGUAGAAAUAGCUUGAAAUCUUUAUAUAUAUCUGAUAGUAAUAAAAUCGCUAAUGCAGUUUAAAUUAAUUUAUAAAAUACAUACACAUAUUUCAAUUAGUAAACAUAAACCAACUAAUUACAAAUAAUAGAAAUUAGUCUAUCUAUAAUAUAGGACAGUGCAUAAAUACGUUUGAUUAUAUUUUAAACAUAAAUUAUUGUAAUAAUAUUCGUA